AUGAGGUCCCAGUGUGAGGUCAGAGCCUACAUGAGGUCCCAGUGUGAGGUCAGAGCCUACAUGAGGUCCCAGUGUGAGGUCAGAGCCUACAUGAGGUCCCAGUGUGAGGUCAGAGCCUACAUGAGGUCCCAGUGUGAGGUCAGAGCCUACAUGAGGUCCCAGUGUGAGGUCAGAGCCUACAUGAGGUCCCAGUGUGAGGUCAGAGCCUACAUGAGGUCCCAGUGUGAGGUCAGAGCCUACAUGAGGUCCCAGUGUGAGGUCAGAGCCUACAUGAGGUCCCAGUGUGAGGUCAGAGCCUACAUGAGGUCCCAGUGUGAGGUCAGAGCCUACAUGAGGUCCCAGUGUGAGGUCAGAGCCUACAUGAGGUCCCAGUGUGAGGUCAGAGCCUACAUGAGGUCCCAGUGUGAGGUCAGAGCCUACAUGAGGUCCCAGUGUGAGGUCAGAGCCUACAUGAGGUCCCAGUGUGAGGUCAGAGCCUACAUGAGGUCCCAGUGUGAGGUCAGAGCCUACAUGAGGUCCCAGUGUGAGGUCAGAGCCUACAUGAGGUCCCAGUGUGAGGUCAGAGCCUACAUGAGGUCCCAGUGUGAGGUCAGAGCCUACAUGAGGUCCCAGUGUGAGGUCAGAGCCUACAUGAGGUCCCAGUGUGAGGUCAGAGCCUACAUGAGGUCCCAGUGUGAGGUCAGAGCCUACAUGAGGUCCCAGUGUGAGGUCAGAGCCUACAUGAGGUCCCAGUGUGAGGUCAGAGCCUACAUGAGGUCCCAGUGUGAGGUCAGAGCCUACAUGAGGUCCCAGUGUGAGGUCAGAGCCUACAUGAGGUCCCAGUGUGAGGUCAGAGCCUACAUGAGGUCCCAGUGUGAGGUCAGAGCCUACAUGAGGUCCCAGUGUGAGGUCAGAGCCUACAUGAGGUCCCAGUGUGAGGUCAGAGCCUACAUGAGGUCCCAGUGUGAGGUCAGAGCCUACAUGAGGUCCCAGUGUGAGGUCAGAGCCUACAUGAGGUCCCAGUGUCAGAGCCUACAUGAGGUCCCAGUGUGA